AUGCAAACUUGUCAAACUACUCAAGUACCAACAUAUUCUUGUCGUGAGACUAACCAUGAAGCAGUAUUUACAUUAUCUCAAUCGUUUCACUCUGGAUGGAAUUUAAGAUCACUAUGCUCAUUACCAAUAUGCGGUGCAGUCUCGAAUAGUAACGAUUGUCGUUCAUCAUCGACACCUUGCUUUAGUUAUCGUACAGUCACGAAUGAAACUUUCUGUGCACCGGCUAUUCUAUGUUCUCUUUUGGAACCAUGUGACAAUAAUGCAUACACCUGUUCAUCAUAUAGUUCUGUGUGUAUCAUCACAUCUUGUUGUAUACAGCAAGCAGUAUGUUUACCAUUAUCAUUGACUGAUUUCUGCAUAUUAGGUAAUAAAAGAUGGUCGAAUACAGGAAACAUGACUAAUAUACGAUAUGGACAUACAUCAUCGGUAUUAAAAAAUGGAAAAGUAUUGGUUACCGGUGGAUAUGGCAUAAAUACUAGUUUGAAUAGUACAGAAUUGUAUGAUCCAUCGAAUGGAAUAUGGAAAACAAGUAGUAGUAUGAGAAAUGCACGAGUUUGGCACACAGAAUCGGUGUUAGAAGAUGGAACAGUAUUAAUCACUGGUGGAAUAAAUUAUAACAAUUCUUAUUUAAAUACUGCUGAACUGUAUGAUCCAAUCGGAGGAACAUGGGCGAUGACUGCCAAUAUGAAUAAUAGAAGAUGUCUACAUACAGCGUCAAUAUUAUUUGAUGGAAAUGUUUUGGUGUGUGGAGGAAUUAAUAUUUAUUCAAAUCGGGCUGAGAUAUAUGAUCCAUUACUAAGAAUCUGGACAGUUACUAGUAAUAUGAGCGAUGCACGAGAAUAUCAUACAGCAUCUGUUCUAUUAGAUGGAAAAGUACUAGUGGCUGGAGGACGAGGUGUUUAUUCAUCCACGCCUCAGAUAUAUCAAUAUUAUUCACCAGUAGCACGUCUGAUAGGAGUUGAUACGCCAAAUAAUCAGCCGGCACCGAAUUUAUUGAAUAGUGACGGAACAGUUAGUAGUUUAUACAGUAAUGGUAUAGGUCAGAACAGUAGUGAACUAUACGAUCCAUCAACAGGAAUAUGGACGUUGACUGGUAGUAUGAAUACGGGUCGAUAUGCACACUCAGCAUCCGUGUUAGCAAGUGGAAAAGUAUUAAUUGCUGGAGGAAUUUAUAAUGAUACUCUUUUGAAUAGCGCUGAACUUUAUGAUCCAUCUACCAGAAUAUGGACACCAACCGGUCGUAUGUAUUAUGAACGAUAUGAUCAUAAGGCAUCUGUAUUACAAAAUGGAAAAGUCUUAGUUACUGGUGGAGGUUUCGGCAAGAAUCUUUACACUGCUGAAUUGUAUGAUCCACGCACUGAAAAAUGGACACCAACUGGUAAUAUGAAUAGUGCACGAAUUUGGCAUUCAGCAUCUGUAUUAAACAAUGGCAGAGUGUUGGUUGCAGGAAGCUCUAAUGAUAAUAUAAUUCAUAAUACUGCGGAAUUAUAUUAA